AUGUCGUUUCAAAAUGUUCCUUAUAUUACUCUCAAUGGUAAUAAAAUUAAUAAUAAUAAACAUGUUUGUCAAUCUCUAUCACAUCUAUCAUGUUCAUAUCGUCAUUCAUUGUUAACAAUCCAAAAUAGUUCAUUAUAUCAAGGUAGUCUUAGUCGUAUAUCUUUACCUAAUAAAAUGAUCGAUGAUUCUCAUCGAAAUGAAACAAAAGUUCAAUCA